AUGGAACCCCAGAACAUCACAUGGGUGUCAGAAUUUAUUCUGUUAGGGUUCUCACAGACUCAAGAACUCCAAAAACUCCUAUUUGUGGUGUUCCUGUUUGUCUACAUCACUACUGUGGUGGGAAACAUCCUUAUCAUAGUCACUGUGACCUUUGAUCCCCGGCUGGACAUGCCUAUGUAUUUUCUGCUCCGAAAUCUGGCCGUCAUAGACCUCAGCUAUUCCACAGUCACCUCCCCCAAGAUGUUGAUGGACUUCUUUCACAGAACAAAGACCAUCUCCUACCAGGGCUGCAUGGCCCAGAUCUUCUUCUUCCACCUCCUGGGAGGUGGGACUGUCUUCUUCCUCUCUGUGAUGGCCUAUGACCGCUACAUAGCCAUCUCCCGGCCCCUCCACUAUAUCUCCAUCAUGAACACCAGGCUGUGUGUGGGGCUGGUGGUGGCUGCCUGGGUAGGGGGCUUUGCCCAUUCCAUUGUUCAGCUGUUGCUGAUGCUCCCACUGCCCUUCUGUGGCCCCAAUGUCCUGGAUAACUUCUACUGUGAUGUCCCCCAAGUGCUGAGACUCGCCUGCUACACAGUUUUGACCCCCAUGCUCAACCCUAUGAUCUACACCCUCAGGAACCAGGAGAUGCAGACAGCCAUGAAGAGAUUAGCAAAGCGCUUAGUGCUUAGUAAAGGGGAUGAGCUUUGA